UCCAGCCCUGAAGGCACCGGAAAUUUCAGCUGGCGAAGAACAAUAAGCCUAAAACCGAAUCCAACCGAGUGGUGCUUUAAUUCACGCAAGAUACUCGAGCAACGUUGCGGCAGAAAGAAAGUGCAGCGCUCCGGGUGAGGAAGUGGUCCGAGUUGUUUAUCACGGAACAGAGGUGGCAGCGAAAGUUCCGAAAGAUCAGCGUCCGGAAUCGGCAGAAGCAACUAGACGGCCAGGACGUUGAGAUCGGCGUGGAAGGCUAGCAGGCAAAGUAAACAGUGUGGGCGCUAAUCUCGUGUUUUUGCAAAAACUUGCAGGAGGAUACGUGCGGGAUUGAAGUUUCCGCGGUUGCCGAGUUGUUUCCAGAAAGCACUCUAUAAAAUCCUCUUUUUGGUAAGGAGUUUUGGUAAGUCGGAAUUUCAUGUUUUAAAGCUAUCCUCUUAUUCUUCUCUUCGCUCUUGAACUUCGACAUUGUGAGGCUUUUUCCAGUAUGGGCACUCGUGUCGCAGAUGAUAGAUGCUAUCUCGUAGCACACUAUACGAGCGUGUGGUCGUACCUGUGGCCUCACAUCUCGCAUUCUUUGGAAGUCGGGAGUGUGAACUUCGAUUGGAGAGCGAGAUUUUCUCUGUUUAUGCUCCGGAGCGUGAGGUCUGUCUCUCAACCGCUGAAGCACUUUGGAAGAUGGGUGGAGAAGGCAAUUAACCUUUGUGCAUCCAAUGGAGGAAUUCUCAGGACCUUGUAUACUCUUUCGAUGGAUCCACAAGGGCUUGUUGAUCCUUCCGAGGAUUCGGAGAGCUACCUAACUUUCAACGGCCACAUGGAACCAAGAAUCAGCCUCCUCCAAGCCCCUUCGUCUCAGCGUCUGUGUCUUUCAUGUCCAGACUCCAAAGUGGUAGCAGAUGUUUGUGCUAUGGCGUCUAAGGUUGCGUAUGAGAACCCGAAGUUCAUCGAAUUUGUCGUGAAUCAGAAUUGGAAGAUGCAUCUACUAGGAACUUACAACUGUUGGAACGAGUUUCAGAAAAAAAACUCGACUCAAGCAUUCAUCUUUGCGGACCGGGAAACUGAUGCUGGAGCCAUCGUUCUUGCCUUCCGGGGAACGGAAGCCUUCAAUGCAUACGACUGGUGCACAGACUUGGAUUUCUCCUGGUACGAACUCCCGCAGCUCGGCCGUGUCCAUCUCGGAUUCCUCGAAGCUCUGGGCCUGGGCGACAGGAACAGGAUGCAAAGCUUCCAGAGGUUGAAGCAGAACAUCUACGAGAACUCGAGGACUCCGUUGCCACAGACUCCAACAUCUGGAUUACCCGACUUUGUCCUCAGCGAUGAGACGAAGCUGCUCGCAUACGACCACAUCAGUGCGGAGCUCGUCACCAUCCUCCGGAACCACAGAAACGCAAAGCUCUACAUCACCGGUCACAGCCUCGGCGGCGCUCUGGCGACGCUCUUCACCGCCAUGCUCUUCUACAACCGGGAAGAGAAUCGAGUCUUUUACAACACCGAGGACGACGUUGCCAGGAGGCUCGCGGCGCUCUAUACGUUUGGCCAGCCCCGCGUUGGAGACAAGAGCUUUGCGUCCUUCAUGGACACCAGCUUAAACAAGCCAACCAUGAGGUACUUUAGAGUUGUCUACAAUAACGACAUGGUAGCUCGAGUUCCCUUCGACAACUCUUUGUUUGGCUUCAAGCAUUUCGGGAAUUGCUGCUACUUCACUUACAACUACACCCUCCAGAUCCUUCCGGACGAGCCAUUUCCCAAUUUCCUCUCCCCGGUUUACAUGGUGCUGUCCCGGCUUUACGCGCUGUUCGAGCUCGUCCAGAGCUUCUUCAUGAGCUAUAGAUAUGGCGGGGAGUUUAGUGAGACGAGGUUGUCCACUGUAGCAAGGAUUGCAGGCUUGCUCGUGCCUGGGAUCGCCGGGCACAGCUUGGUGAAUUACAUCAACUGCGUCAGGCUGGGGCCCGACCAUCUCGAUCCGGCGUGCCUGCAAAACACGGAAUGGGAUAAAUCCCAAAAAUAUAAAAAAUGAACACAAUUACAUUGCCUUCAAAACUGAAUGCACAAUGGAAUUCUCUCUAUGGAGACAGGGCUAUUACUGGUGAAAGUGCAAGUAUGGAAUGAAACCAUGCAAUUUAUCCUUACCACCCAGAAAGGAACCAUAGACAAAGCACUGAUG